CCACGGUAUCAUACAAUUUCUUGAAGGACAUAUUAGAGGACGAAAUUCGUGAGACUAGUCACGGUGUUAGUGGGUGUUUAUUCCGAGCGAUUCAAACUUCUGGAAGAGAUCAGUUUUUAACGUAGAAAUACGUCAAUCUCGUAAAAUGGAACCGAAAGGAAAAUUAACAGAGGAAAGCGCGUGGAAGGAAUUGGAAGAGUAUUUCAAUAACACUGGAUCUAAGAUCAAUAUUGCUGAUUUGUUUCAACAGCAACCGGGGAGGUUCGAAAAAUUUAGUUUGAGCAUUAGUACUCCCGAUGAUGGACCCAUUCUUCUAGAUUACUCCAAGAACCGACUGGAUGAUAAAGCCUUCGGUUUACUCAUGAAUCUAGCUCGGGCUAGACAAAUAGAAAAAGCACGUGAGGCAAUGUUUGCUGGUGAGAAAAUCAAUUUCACUGAAAAUCGUGCUGUGCUCCACACUGCCUUGAGAAAUAGACAAAAUACGCCGAUUCAUGUUGAUGGUAAAGAUGUCAUGCCGGAUAUUAAUGCUGUGCUGCAGCACAUGAAACAGUUUACCAAUCAGGUGAUCAAUAAAGAAUGGAAAGGUUUUACUGGCAAACCGAUCGAAGACGUCGUCAACAUCGGCAUUGGGGGAUCUGACCUGGGACCUUUAAUGGUCACGGAAGCAUUGAAGCCCUAUCACAUUGGACCAAGGGUUCACUUCGUCAGUAAUAUUGAUGGUACCCACAUCGCGGAAACUCUAAAAAAAUUGAACCCGGAGACUGCGUUAUUUAUUAUUGCUUCAAAGACGUUUACUACACAGGAAACUAUUACAAAUGCAACAUCGGCUAAACUUUGGCUUCUUGAACAUUUGAAGGAUAAUGCUGCAGUAGCAUCCCAUUUCGUCGCCCUCUCGACAAACAAUAAAAUGGUUACAGAAUUCGGAAUCGACGAGAAAAAUAUGUUUGGCUUUUGGGAUUGGGUGGGAGGACGUUAUUCUCUGUGGUCAGCAAUUGGUCUGUCGAUCUGCUUAUCUAUUGGAUUUGAUAAUUUCGAAAAACUGCUGAGCGGUGCAUUUUUCAUGGAUCAACAUUUCCGUACUGCCCCUCUGGAGAAAAAUGCUCCAGUGAUCCUGGCUCUGCUGGGGGUUUGGUAUUCCAACUUCUUCAAAGCCGAAACUCAUGCAUUGCUCCCUUAUGAUCAGUAUCUCCACCGAUUUGCCGCUUAUUUUCAACAAGGUGAUAUGGAGAGUAAUGGAAAGUACGUGACGCGGUCGGGAUCAAAAGUGAAUUACACUACGGGUCCGAUUGUUUGGGGCGAACCUGGCACUAACGGACAACAUGCAUUUUAUCAAUUGAUACAUCAGGGAACCAGGCUGGUACCUGCUGACUUCAUCGCCCCCGUGUUGUCUCAUAAUAAGGUACAAGGCGACUUGCAUCAUAAGAUAUUACUGGCAAACUUCCUCGCUCAGACUGAAGCACUAAUGAAGGGCAAAAGUUGCGACCAAGCUAAAGAAGAGCUUCAAAAAUCGGGACUAAGUGACGAAAAAGUGAAGCUCCUUCUGCCGCAUAAAGUUUUUGAAGGAAACCGCCCAACCAACAGCAUUCUCGUUAAGAAAGUUUCACCGUUCACAUUGGGGGCUUUAAUUGCGAUGUACGAACAUAAAAUCUUCACUCAGGGAAUUCUCUGGGAUAUCAAUUCCUUCGAUCAAUGGGGUGUGGAAUUGGGCAAGCAGUUGGCAAAGGCAAUUGAACCGGAACUAAACAACGCUGAUAAAAUCACUAGUCACGAUUCGUCAACAAAUGGCUUAAUUAAUUUCAUAAAAUCCAACAGCAAUUAAAUCUUCGGCUUUCUACGAUCAUUAUUUUAUGCUAUUGUUACUCCCCUAUCCCUUUUCAAUGUACGUUUAAAGAAGUAUGUGAAAUGUUCCGAUUGGCCUGACUAUAUUUUCAAAGCCGCCGUGUUGCGCCGUGUUUACUGAGAGUACUGAGUAUUUAUACGAAAUUUCACCUUCGAUUGAUGUUUACCGAUGUAAGCUACUCUCAAAUGCAUUCAAACUGGCCUGAAUCUUUUCCUCGUACCAGACGAGUGGAAAUGAAUUAUUCAUGUUUCAUUUACGCAUAAGUUUUUCCGUCUUUGUAUUUUACAUAUAUCUCCCCUAUAGUCGAUAGCAAUUUAAAUGUUGUGACUCAGUAAUUUAUACAAAAACUGAGAAAAAUUACUCGGAAAUGAUUGUUGUAAUAGUACUUAUUUUAUUCUAUUGAGAAUGUGCAGUUUAUAGAAUAAUUCACCAAAUACCCAAUAGGCAUUGUAAUAAUAUAUUUUCCAUUAAAGCAUAAUAAAAGUUGUUUUCAACAGUG